GAAGUACUCGGCCAUUGAGUGCGUGCACGCCUUCUUGCGGCAGCAGUCCGGGCUCUCGCGAGAGGAGCUGGACCCAUACCUGUUUACCUUCACCGGCCACGAUGCCAUCGAUCACCUUUUCGAGGUCAGUUCCGGUUUGGACUCGCUGGUGCUCGGCGAGGCUCAGAUCUUGGCGCAGGUGAAGGCGUGCCAUGCCCACUGCAUCGCCAAGGGCGAGGAGGGAGACGAGGAGCCGGUGCCUGGCUCCGGCGGAAAGAUCAUCGCGAAGAUGCUGAAUGCCGGAAUUCGGAUCGGCAAGCUUGUGAGGACACGAACCAAGAUUGGAAAGGGCUCCGUGUCCGUCUCCAGCGCCGCAGUGGAGCUGAUGAUGUCGAGGUCCAUGCAGGACCUGCGAAAGCCUGCAGGGAAGGUGAAUGUCUGCAUCGUCGGGGCAGGCAAGAUGUCCAGGCUUUGCUUGCUUGCGCUCUUCAGCAAGCAUCCCGACAUCAAGGUCACGUUGGUGAACCGUUCCGUGGACAAGGCACAGGUGGUGCUUGACGACGACCUCGUCAAGGCUCGUGGAGGCAGCAAUGCCACAGUCGCCAGCAUGGACGACAUGUUUGAGGUGAUGAAGGAGAGCGACGUGGUUUUCACGGCCACUGGUAGCGAGGUACCGAUCAUCCAUGCCAAAGACGUGGAAGGACGCGAGCGGCCUCUGAUGCUCAUCGACAUCUCCGUGCCCUUGAACGUGGAUGCCGGCUGCGCAGAUGUGACGGGAGUCUUCUCCUACUCCGUGGACGACCUUCAGAAAGUGGUGCAGGCCAAUGCCCAGAAGCGGCAGAACGAGGUCGAGAAAGCCAGGAAAUUGAUUGGCACUGAAGUGGGCAAGUUCAAGGUCUGGCAGGCCUCUCAGGGUGCGGUGCCGUACCUCGCCGCCUUGCAGGCCAUGGCCGAACGGAUUCGAAAGCAGGAGACCGAGAAGUUGGCGCACAAGCUGAAGGGCAUCAACGAGAAGGAAAGAGAGGCAGUCGAGAAGCUAACCCGCCACAUUGUGGAUCAGAUCUUCCGGCCCAUCUACUACUCCAUGAAGGAAGAUGAAGCGAUGGAGGAGAAGAAGGACAAGAUUUGGGCUCUCAAGAACAUGUUCAAGCUCGAGCCUGUCUACAAGCGCGGGCUGCUCACCGAGGGCAAGACCAAGGGGCAGCUGAACGCUUGA